GUAUAGAGGAAGAAUUCAGACCAACGAAAAUAAAAAGAAACACAAAAUAGAUAAAAAAGAAGAUGAGCAACGAAGAACCACAUGCCAACCUUGUGGUUCCCGCGUUUAAAACUGAGAAAGUGGCUAAAACGCAAACUCAGAAUGGCCUCGGUACCGUUUGGCGGUUCGGUGGAACCGAUAAGGCCGCGAAAGCCUCGACCUUAACGCUGAGAGGCGUUAUCUACAUGCUGUUCGACAACUGCAGCAGGGACGUCAAAAAGACAGUUUUGCCACUCGGCCAUGGAGAUCCUUCCGUUUACCCUUGCUUCCGCACCUGUAUCGAGGCUGAAGACGCCGUCGUCAACGUCCUCCGCUCAGGCAAAGGCAACUCUUAUGCUCCUGGAGCUGGGAUUCUCCCGGCCAGAAGAGCCGUGGCCGAAUAUCUGAAUGGAGAUCUUCCAAACAAGUUAACGGCGGACGACAUCUUACUGACCGCUGGAUGCAACCAAGGGGUAGAGAUCGUAUUCGAAUCGUUGGCUCGACCAAACGCAAACAUCUUGCUCCCACGUCCCGUUUUCCCUCACUACGACGCUCGUGCUACUUACAGUGGUCUCGAGGUUCGCAAGUUCGAUCUUCUUCCCGACAAAGAAUGGGAGAUUGAUCUCCAAGGCAUCGAAGCCAUUGCAGACGAGAACACUGUGGCCAUUGUUGUAAUUAACCCAAACAACCCAUGUGGAAACGUCUACUCUCACCACCAUCUCCAAAAGGUCGCAGAGACGGCUCGGAAGCUGGGAAUAAUGGUGAUCACAGACGAAGUGUACAACCAGACUAUAUUCGGAGACAAUCCUGUCGUACCAAUGGCCAAGUUUGCAUCGAUUGUCCCUGUGUUGACCCUGGGAGGCAUAUCUAAAGGAUGGGUUGUUCCUGGAUGGAAGAUUGGCUGGAUCGCCUUGAAUGAUCCCGAGGGAGUUUUCGAGUCCACCAAUGUGGCUCAGUCCAUCAGACAGAAUCUUGAAAUAACUCCUGAUCCUUCCACUAUAAUUCAGGCUGCACUUCCUGAGAUCCUGGAGAAAACGGAUAAAAGUUUCUUUGCAAAGAAGAACAAGAUACUCAAACAUAAUGUCGAGUUGGUGUGUCAUUGGCUCAAGGACAUCCCCUGCGUCAUCUGUCCCAAGAAACCCGCGUCUUGCACAUAUCUAUUGACAAAACUGGAGCUCUCGUUGUUGGAGGAUAUCAAAGAUGACACUGAUUUCUGCGUGAAGCUGGCUAGAGAAGAAAACCUCGUGUUUCUGCCAGGAGAGGCUUUGGGGUUGAAGAACUGGAUGAGGAUAACCAUCGGAGUGGAUGCCCAUAUGCUCGAGGAUGCACUUGAGAGACUCAAGGGUUUCUGUACACGUCAUGCCAGGAAGACAUACAUAAACUAAGCCAUUUCAAGCUUUGAAACUGAGUGAAAUUAAUAUCGGAGUAUAAGACACUACACGCCCCAAAAAGGCGUCUGAUGUAUUUCUGAUGUUUCAUGCAUGCUUUUCCAUUUUGAUUUCUAGAAUAUUAUGUGUAAAAACAUAUUUUAAUUUUUCAGUUACAAAAUGAGUCACUUUAUAUUGGAUAGACACUUUCUACU